AUGCCUGGUUUAUCCUCCUACCUAGUUUCCGCACUAUCACUGGCAUCAGUUGCCCUAGCAUCUCCAAUUGCAAAGGCGCAGCUUGUGGGACGAGAUACCUCGCUCCUAGCAUCCUACGACUAUGUUAUUGUUGGUGGUGGGACCAGUGGUCUGAUUGUCGCCGACAGACUUACUGAGAACUCAUCCAAAACCGUGCUCGUGAUUGAAUCCGGUAAUCUGGACGACCAGGAAGAUGGAGUUCUUGUUCCUGGCAUGGCGGGUGGUACAGGAAAGAAUCUUCUGGCUGCGCAUGUUGUUGGCGGAGGGACCGUCGUGAACGGGAUGUUCUUUGAUCGAGGUUCAAGGGGUGAUUAUGACCUGUGGGAGGCGCUGGGUAAUCCUGGUUGGGGCUGGAACGGGAUAUACCCGUAUUUCAAGAAGAGUGAAACGUUCUCUCCCCCGGAUAAGGCGCUAGCAGACGAGUUCAAUAUCACCUACGAUCCGAGCGCCCACGGCUACCAGGGCGUUAUCAAGUCUAGUUUCCCAAAGUUCCAGUACCAGGCUGUCAAGGACUGGUUCAAAGCUUUCAAGCAGAUUGGUAUUCCCAUUCCUAAGGACGGCGCCAACGGUGAUGCUAUCGGUGCAUUCUGGGUCUCCAACUCCCUAGACAACGACAACCAAACACGCUCUUAUGCAAGACGCUAUUACGAGGAGGCCAAGAAGAGAUCGAACUACCAUCUUAUUACCGGAAAGACAGUGACAAAACUUGUUCUGUCCGGUACUACUGUUACAGGUGUUGAGUUUGCCGGAAGCGCAACUGAAACCGCUACUAAGGUUUCUGCGAAGAAGGAGGUUGUAUUGGCGGCCGGAACAGCACAUACGCCACAGCUUCUUCAGUUGGCCGGAAUUGGGCCGAAGAAGCUGUUGGAGAGCCUAGGGAUCAAGGUGGUGGUUGAUCUUCCCGGUGUAGGAAGCAACUUCCAAGACCAUCCUGUGCUCUACUUCUCGGGAUCAUUCUCAAACGACUACCCGAUCAAUCCUGCACUCCUUACCUCAAACGCUACCUAUGCCGCCGAGCAACUAGCUUUAUACCGUACAAAGCGUGAGGGCCCAUACACUAUCUCCCGUGGUAACUCGGUCGCCUUCAACACUCUCCCCCAGCUCAGCUCCCAGUCGAUCGCCAACAACCUUAUGCAAAAAGCCCUCUCUCAGAACCCCGCCGACUUCUACCCCGCCGGCACCGACUCCACCAUCCUCGAGGGCCACAAGCGCCAAACAGAGCUCCUCGCAAACUACAUCUCCAGCGGCCGUGUCGCCAUCCAAGAAAUCGCCUUUGGUGGCUCCGCCGGCGGUGGAAAUGGCCUCGAGAAGCCGUUCUCACGUGGUAGCAUCAACAUCAACUCUACCGACCCAUGGGCUGCUCCCGUCGUUGACUAUGGUGUCAUGAGUAACCCGGUGGAUAUGGACAUGAUGGUGCAGCUCAUCCGCUUUGUGUGGAGGCUCUAUGAUACUCCAGCCCUCCAGGCGCUAGGUGCGAAGGCGCUCACACCAGACCCAGCGAAUGACUCGGAUGAGGCAAUCAAGGCAGCGAUUAGGGCAACCCUGACCCCGACGUUUGCGCACCCGAGUUCGACGUGCUCGAUGAUGAGGAGGGAGUACGGAGGUGUGGUGGAUAGCACGUUGAAGGUUUAUGGAAUGAAGAAUCUGAGUAUUGUGGAUGCUUCACUUAUUCCAAUGACUCCUGCGACACAUAUUCAGAGUACCGUGUAUGCUGUGGCGGAGAAGGCGGCAGAUAUCAUCAAGAGUAGGCAGUGA